AUGUCCACCCAACCUCUCCUCCAAACUGCCCCAGGCAAACGCAUCGCCCUCCCCACCCGCGUCGAGCCCAAAGUCUUCUUCGCCAACGAGCGCACCUUCCUCAGCUGGCUCAACUUCACCGUCAUCCUGGGCGGGCUGGCCAUCGGCCUGCUCAACUUCGGCGACAGGGUCGGGCAGAUCAGCGCGGGGCUGUUCACGCUGGUCGCCAUGGCCGCCAUGAUCUACGCGCUGUUCACGUUCCACUGGCGCGCGAAGAGCAUCCGGCAGCGGGGGCAGGGCGGGUUCGACGAUCGGCUGGGCCCGACGGUGUUGGCGGUUGCGCUGCUGGCGGCUGUAGUGGUGAAUUUUGUGCUGAGGGUUGUGGCGGGGAAGAAGGAGAGGGAGUGA